AUGGCGUUUGUCGACCUUGAGAAUGCACUUGAUCGUGUUCCUUGGAAUGCGAUCUGGUGGGCACUUCGUGUGGAAGAGUGGAUUGUGUGCCUGGUGCAAGGGAUGUAUACCAAUGCUCGAAGCUGUGUCUGCGUUGGUAACGGCUACAGUGAGGAAUUUGCAGUGAAGGUCAGAGUCCAUCAGGGGUCAGUACUCAGCCUUCUGCUCUUCAUCGUCGUGCUCGAGGUUCUUUCAUGCGAAAUCCGCGCCGGUGUUUCCUGGGAGGAUCUGUAUACCCUGGUUAUCAUUAAUGACUCAUUGGAUGAAUGUGUCAAGAGGCUCCUGACUUGGAAAGAAGCUAUGGAAAGGAAAGGACCGAGAGUGAAUGCAUGCAAAACCAAGUUCAUGAUCUGCGGUACGGGUCUUGACCAACUUCAUGACUCAGGCAACUUCCCAGGUGCUGUCUUUCGAACAGGUGUAGGCAGCAGCAGUAUUUUCUGCAAUGGCUGCAAACACCGGUUUCACAAGAAAUGCAGUGGGCUCAAGUACCUGUUUGAGGACCCUGACUUUAGGUGCUUAAGAUGCCAGAGAACGACUGGCCCUCUUGACGGCAAACCACAGUGA